AUGAGGAUGGAGAAGAGGUCUCGGAGCUCUUCCAGGGAGUCUCACAGAAGACGCAGAGAGUCCCCGGCUGCGCAGAGCAAACGAGAGAAGAGAGAGAGCAGCAGAGAAGCUGGCAAAGGAAAGGGAGAUGUAAAGCAGGAGAAAGCCAAAGAGACCAAGAGCACUGCGGGGAGUGAUGGCAGGGUGCACACCUCCACAGUGGUGGAUGUGGAUGAUGUGGUGUCUGAUGAAGAAAUGGAGGCAAUGGCAUUGCUGGAUAGUGAGCAGCAAGAGGAAGGUGUGAAGUCUCCUGGUCUGGGUGUCUGUGAGUGGCUUUUGACCAUCUUGUCUUUCCUGUUCAUCAUUGUGACCUUCCCCAUUUCUGUCUGGUUCUGCAUGAAGGUAGUGCGGGAGUAUGAGAGAGCCAUUGUUUUCCGACUCGGGCAUCUCCUUCCUGGCAGAGCCAAAGGACCCGGCCUUUUCUUUUUCCUUCCCUGUUUGGACACCUAUCACAAGAUAGACCUCCGCCUCAAAACCCUAGAGAUCCCCUUCCAUCAGGUGGUGACCAAAGACAUGGUAACUCUGGAGAUAGAUGCUGUCUGCUACUACCGGUUGGAAAAUGCCUCUCUUCUCCUCACCACCCUGACCAGCAUCUCCAGUGCCAUCCAGCUGCUGGUGCAGACCACCACAAAGCGCCUCCUGGCACAUCAGGCCUUCUCUGAGCUUCUGCUGGAGAGGAAGAACAUCAGCCAGGAGAUAAAGGUGGCUUUGGAUGCGGUCACAGGCUGCUGGGGAAUCAAAGUGGAGAGAAUAGAAAUCAACAACGUGCAGCUGCCUGCUGAGCUCCGGCAGUCCCUGGCUGUGGAAGCGGAGGCCCAGAGACAGGCCAAAGUGCGGGUGAUCGCUGCAGAGGGGGAAAAGGCCGCUUCCGAGUCCCUGCGGAUGGCGGCUGAGAUCCUGUCCAGUGCUCCAGCUGCUGCUCAGCUCCGUUAUCUCCAUGCACUGCACUCCCUUACCACGGAGAAACCUCCUGCUUUCAUCUUGCCCUUGCCUCUGGAUGCCAUGAACCUGGUCUCUCCAGCUACCCACAGCCCUCCAGCUGUGAGCAGCCUCCUCACAGGCACCACAAAGCUCCCAGAAAACCCAAAAGACAAGAAGGACUCACCCAUGCUCUGA